CCCAGGCCAAAAACCCCAACCCGGGCUCCGGCGCGGAGGCUUCUAGGAGAAGGAAACACGGGCGAGGGAGGACGCUGGGGCUGCUCUUCUCCAGCGAGCGGGCGAGCGGGCGAGCGAGCGAGCGAGCGAGCCACGCAGGCGCCGCGACCUCUCGCCUGAUCGCCUCUAGGGUUCGGCGCUCUGCGGCGCCGCCGCCGCCGCCGCCGCGGAGGAGGCAGGGGCCGGCCGUGCAGGACAGCGGGGGCGAGCUCGCCAGUCCUCAUCAGCUUUCAAGACCUGAAGCCACCUAAGGUUAUCUUCAAAGCAUCCAUGAUGGUGGGUUUCACAGCUGUAGAGCUCCGAGAAAUGAUGGACAAGCAGAAUAACAUUCGUAAUGUGUCUGUUAUUGCUCAUAUGAACCACGGCAAGUCUACCCUUACAAAAUCUCUUGUGACAGUUGCUGGGAUUAUUAGACAUGAAGCUGAUGUUGAAGUUCCCAUGACUGAUACUCACGCGGAUGUAGCAGAGCCUGGUAGAUCCGUCAGGUCUGCUGGAACCUCUCUUUUGUAUGAGAUGAACAAGGAAUUGCUCAAGGCUCACAAAGGUGAAAGAGAUGGGGACAAAUACCUGAUCAACCUUAUUGAUUCACCUGGGCAUGUCGAUUUUUCUUCAGAAGUCACAACAGCUCUUCGUGUUACUGAUGGCGCUAUGUUGGUAAUUGAUGCCAUCGAGGGUGUCUGUGUGCAAACUGAAGCUGUGCUCUCUCAAGCCCUUACUGAGAUGGUUAAACCUGUCCUUUGUCUAAACAAGAUGGACAAAUUAUUCUCUGGGUUUCAAGUUGAAGAUGCUCAACCUGAAUUUACAGAUGAGCAAGCCUAUCAGAUUGUCAACAAUGUAAUUGAGAAUGUCAAUGACCUUAUGACAGCAUAUGGAGGUCCCCGCUUUCAGGAUGUCCAAUUCUACCCCGAGAAGGGAAAUGUGGCUUUCUCUGUUGGCUUACAUGGUUGGGCUUUUACACUUGCUGGUUUUGCAAAGAAGUAUGCCCCUAUGUUUGGAAUGACAGAAGCUGAUAUGGUUAAGAAGCUUUGGGGUGACAAUUUUUAUGACCACACCACAAAAAAAUGGACCAGUGUGGACACUGGCUCCAAAUCCUGUAAAAGAGGAUUUGCCUUUUGCUGCCAAGAAAUCAAGAAAGUCAUCAAAGUCUGCAUUAAUAACCAGAAAGAUGAAUUGGGGCGAAUGUUGCAGAAGGUUGGGGUGAACUUGAGGGAUGAUGAGAAGGACCUAACAGGUGUGGCUCUUGUGAAGUGUGUCAUGCAAACUUGGCUCCCAGCCAGUACUGCUCUGCUUGAGAUGAUGAUCUGCCACCUCCCCUCUCCGUUAGAAGCACAGAAAUAUCGCGUGGAGAACCUGUAUGAGGGCCCCCUUGAUGAUAAAUACGCAGAAGCUAUUAAAAAAUGUGACCCUGAAGGUCCUCUUAUGCUGUACGUUUCCAAGAUGGUCCCAGCAUCUGAUGUGGGCAGAUUUUUCGCGUUCGGUCGUGUCUUCUCCGGAAGGAUUGCAGCUGGCAUGAAGGUCCGGGUCAUGGGGCCUUCCUAUGUCCCCGGCAUGGAAACUGAUUUGUGCGUGGAGUCUGUCCAGCGUACCAUUAUAUGGAUGGGAAAGAAGCAAUGUGACGUUCCGGAUGUUCCUUGCGGUAACACUGUUGGUUUGAUUGGUCUGGAUGCAUGCAUAACAAAGAGUGCUACCCUGACAAGCCAGAAGGAGGUUGUUGCACGCCCAAUCAGAGCGAUGAAGCUCUCUGUAUGCCCUCUGAUGUUUGUUACAGUUAACUUCAAGGUUCCGACCGAUGUUUCCAAACUUGUACAAGGUUUGAAGCGUCUGGCGAUGUCUGACCCCGUGGUUCUGUGCAGCCAGGUAGAGCCUGGUACCUAUACGGUUGCUGGAGUGGGAGAACUUCAUCUGGAAAUUUGCUUGAAAGAUCUACAGGAAAACUUUAUGGAUGGUGUUGAAGUUGCUGUUUCCAGUCCGCCUGUUGUUUCCUUCCGUGAGACUGUCCGCAAGUCUUGUGAUCCUGUUGAGAAAAAGUUCAGAAACAAUCAAAUCCGAUACAGCUUGUCUUUGGUAGCCCGCCCCUUGGAUGAAGAAGUAGUCGAGGCUAUUGAGGAUGGUCGCUUGGGUCCACGUACUGACCAUGCGGUACGAUCUGAGAUCCUUGCUAAGCAUGGUUGGGAUAAGGAUCUUGGCGAUAAGAUUUGGUGCUUUGGUCCUGAUGUUGUUGGCGCCAAUGUGAUUGUUAAUAGGUGCAAGGUAAUACAGAAUCUGGAGUUAGCGAAGAAAGUUAUCGUGGCUGGCUUCGAGGUGGUGGCAAAAGAAGGCGCAUUGGCAAAAGAAAGGAUGCAUGGCAUAUGCUUUGAGGUUCAUAAUGUUAAUAUACAUGCUGAUGAAGCAUUGAGACAUACAACUGCUCAGCUCAAUGAGAUGGUUAGGACAGCACUUAUUGAGUCUCAGCUCGCUGCCAAGCCAAGGCUUCUCGAACCCACCUACAUUGUGGCGAUCCAGUGCCCUAAGAGUGCCCUCAGCACUAUCUACGGAAUUCUCCACCAGAGGAAUGGUUCUGUGUAUGAGGAGUUUGUGAGAGAAGGCACGAUGCUACACAUCCUGAAGGCUUACGUUCCAGUUUAUGAUUCCUUUGGCCUCUGCAAGGCAAUCAGUACUGCAACAUCUAAGCUGGUCACCCCGCAGUGUAUUUUUGGAUAUUGGAGCGACAUGUGCUCUGAUCCUUUCCAGGCAAAUGCGCCAGCUGGGCAAAUGGUCUUGGAUAUCCGCAAGAGGAAGAAGAUGGGCAGGCCCUCUUUCCAGAAGUAGCUCUGGCUUUCCUUGCUUCAGUGUAUGUUGUUGUUAUCUGACAUCUUCCGAGUGUGUUCUUCUCCUUGCUAGUAUGCAGUGCUGGGUUCGCUUCACUUGAUCGAUCGUCAACGACAUCUAUCACCCCUGAAGGAAGGGGCUGCUGCUCCCCCUAGCUAGGUAGGUCUAAUGGUAGCGAGUGUUAAGAAGAAACUUUCAUACUGAGCUGAACUGUUUAGCGUCGUCGCUGCCUCAAGUGUUAAGAAGGAACUUAAUUGGUGUCAAUGUACCUGAUGUCGCGUCGCUGCUCAGCAAGUGCUGGCUGUAGAGGAUUUUGCUGCUCUACAUCUCCUUCCUUAUCGACUGCCCUACUUUUUGCUGAAUACUAGUAACAUGCCAUGUGGCAAACCCGCUUAUAUUCAUCGUUGCUGUGCAAGUGCUAGCUGUAGAGGAUUUUGCAUGCUG